AUGGAUAUAACACCAACAACUUUUGCUGCGCCGAACUCAUCAGAGGAUACUAAUUGCACGAGUGCCCCGAGACCUCCGCCUCACUCCCAGAGCGAGGCCGUCUUCAUCGUGCUCGUGGUCACUGUUAUCAUUCUGGUGACAAUCGUGGGGAAUGUACUGGUUGUAGUGGCCGUUUUCACCAGCCGUGCGCUCCGUGCGCCUCAGAAUCUCUUCCUUGUCUCCUUGGCAUCGGCAGAUAUCUUAGUGGCCACCUUGGUCAUACCUUUCUCCCUCGCCAACGAGGUCAUGGGUUACUGGUACUUUGGGAGCACCUGGUGUGCCUUCUACCUGGCCCUUGACGUCCUCUUCUGCACGUCCUCCAUUGUGCACCUCUGUGCCAUAAGCCUGGACAGGUACUGGUCUGUAACCAAAGCUGUUAGCUAUAACCUGAAGAGGACGCCCAAGCGUAUUAAGUGUAUGAUCACCGUGGUCUGGGUCAUAUCAGCGAUCAUCUCUUUCCCACCAUUGCUUAUGACCAAACACGACGAGCAGGAGUGCUUGCUCAACAGCGAAACAUGGUAUAUUCUCUCGUCUUGCCUGGUCUCAUUUUUCGCCCCUGGACUAAUCAUGAUUCUGGUGUAUUGUAAAAUAUAUAGAGUGGCCAAGCAGCGCGCAUCAACCGUGUUCGCGGCCAAGAACGGGAUGGAGAGACAGCCUUUGGAGUCGGAAACUUGCUUUGUGCCCAGGGGCAAAUUUGAGUUGGAGAGCCCCAGCAGCCCCAGUUUAGGUGGCCACCCGCGGAAAGGAGAGCUGGACGAUAUAGACCUGGAGGAGACCUGCGUUGCCGAUAGCAAAUCCAAUAAAUGGCACUUCUCCAAGAGAGGGAAAGUGGAGGGCGCGAACGCGUUCACAAAACAGAGUUGCCGCGCGCCAUCGGCUUCAAACCGCAACGCACAGCUCUCUCAGGACCAAAGGACGAGACAGAUGUCACUGUCAAAGACAAAACUGGCACAGAUGCGUGAAAAGCGCUUUACAUUUGUCCUUGCAGUGGUGAUGGGGGUGUUUGUACUCUGCUGGUUCCCAUUCUUUUUUACAUACAGUCUGCACGCAAUAUGCAGAGAUAGUUGCCCGAUUCCGGAUGUUCUCUUCAAUCUGUUUUUCUGGAUUGGUUACUGUAACAGUUCAGUGAACCCUAUAAUUUAUACAAUAUUUAAUCGCGAUUUUCGGAGAUCUUUCAAGAAGAUCAUAUGCCAGACUUCACACACAUAAUGUUUAUUUAAUUUCUCUCUCCCCCCUCUCUGUAUGUAUGUGUGUGUGUGUGUGUGUGUGUGUGUGUGUGUGUGUGUGUGUGUGUGUGUGUGUGAAUGAAUGAAUAAAAUGGAGAGAGGAAGGAGUGAGUGCCUGCUUACGUUCUGUUGCAUUUAGUAUCUGUCAGUUGAUUAGCCUACUUAUGAGAUGUGUAACACGUGUUUGUAGAAUACCUCAAUAGGAUAUAUGUUUUUUAAAUAGCCUACUUUUUAUGUCUUGUAAAAUGGACAAAGUUGAAAAAGUGAGUUUGUAACCUUCAGAUGAUGUUUCUGUGUACUUAAUUGUAUCAGGUUGCAAAUCAUAAUUGGCAUAAUUGAUAACUAAAAACAAAUAUCAGUAUCAGUAUCUGAUCUACAUAUCAAGAGAAGCAUGAGUCAUACUUCAUUGCUAUGCUUCUAGGUGUUGUUAAUCACAUUUCGUAGUGUGCUGUUAAUAAUACAUUAAAGGGUGAGAAGGGCUUACCAAGAAAAACUUCCAAAAGGACUAAUUCGAGGAGAAAAUGAGUUGGAGCACUCAACAAAAAAAUCCAGAGAUGUAUUUAUGUUUGCUCACUUUAAUCCAUUGUACAGGAUGCAAACAGGUGACUGACGUUUCGACAUCAAGCUGACAUCUUCCACAGAGUGACCUGACCAUUGCACUUAGCUCCUAUUUAUAGCCUAGUGGCCCAUUGAGACACAACAAUUACAUGGUUAUCAAUACGUUACACCAGGGUAAGCCUACACGAAACACAGACCUUAUUUUAAGUGUUUCUAAAAUUCCCUAUGGGAAAAAUGAAUGGUGGAAAAAACGAUUGGAACCAUUUCCCUGCUUGACCGUUAGGUUUUAUGGGUAUUAUGACACCUCCACUUUGGGGCUCUAUUAGUGCCAGUGAGUAGGCUUGACUUUCAGUCUCUCUAGCAUGGGUAUAGAUACAGUGAGGGAAAAAAGUAUUUGAUCCCCUGCUGAUUUUGUACGUUUGCCCACUGACAAAGACAUGAUCACUCUAUAAUUUUAAUGGUAGGUUUAUUUGAACAGUGAGAGACAGAAUAACAACAAUAAAAUCCAGAAAAACGCAUGUCAAAAAUGUUAUGAAUUGAUUUGCAUUUUAAUGAGGGAAAUAAGUAUUUGACCCCUCUGCAAAACAUGACUUAGUACUUGGUGGCAAAACCCUUGUUGGCAAUCACAGAGGUCAGACGUUUCUUGUAGUUGGCCACCAGGUUUGCACACAUCUCAGGAGGGAUUUUGUCCCACUCCUCUUUGCAGAUCUUCUCCAAGUCAUUAAGGUUUCGAGGCUGACGUUUGGCAACUCGAACCUAUGGGAUUAAGGUCUGGAGACUGGCUAGGCCACUCCAGGACCUUAAUGUGCUUCUGCUUGAGCCUUUGUUGCCUUGGCCGUGUGUUUUGGGUCAUUGUCAUGCUGGAAUACCCAUCCACGACCCAUUUUCAAUGCCCUGGCUGAGGGAAAGAGGUUCUCACCCAAGAUUUGACGGUACAUGGCCCCGUCAAUCGUCCCUUUGAUGCGGUGAAGUUGUCCUGUCCCCUUAGCAGAAAAACACCCCCAAAGCAUAAUGUUUCCACCUCCAUGUUUGACGGUGGGGAUGGUGUUCUUGGAGUCAUAGGCAGCAUUCCUCCUCCUCCAAACACGGCGAGUUGAGUUGAUGCCAAAGAGCUCCAUUUUGGUCUCAUCUGACCAUAACACUUUCACCCAGUUCUCCUCUGAAUCAUUCAGAUGUUCAUUGGCAAACUUCAGAUGGCCCUGUAUAUGUGCUUUCUUGAGCAGGGGGACCUUGCGGACACUGCAGGAUUUCAGUCCUUCAUGGCGUAGUGUGUUACCAAUUGUUUUCUUGGUGACUAUGGUCCCAGCUGCCUUGAGAUCAUUGACAAGAUCCUCCCGUGUAGUUCUGGGCUGAUUCCUCACCGUUCUCAUGAUCAUUGCAACUCCACGAGGUGAGAUCUUGCAUGGAGCCCCAGGCCGAGGGAGAUUGACAGUUAUUUUGUGUUUCUUCCAUUUGCGAAUAAUCGCACCAACUGUUGUCACCUUCUCACCAAGCUGUUUGGCGAUGGUCUUGUAGCCCAUUCCAGCCUUGUGUAGGUCUACAAUCUUGUCCUUGACAUUCUUGGAGAGAUCUUUGGUCUUGGUGGAGAGUUUGGAAUCUGAUUGAUUGAUUGCUUCUGUGGACAGGUGUCUUUUAUACAGGUAACAAGCUGAGAUUAGGAGCACUCCCUUUAAUAGUGUAAAAUUUUUGACAUGCGUUUUUCAGGAUUUUUUGUUGUUAUUCUGUCUCUCACUGUUCAAAUAAACCUAACAUUAAAAUUAUAGACUGAUCCUUUCUUUGUCAGUGGGUAAACGUACAAAAUCAGCAGGGGAUCAAAUACUUUUUUCCCUCACUGUAGGCCUGUUCAAUGACACUCUUAUAAUAACCGUGUUGCAGGAACCUGGUGCGCAUAUCAUUAGCUUUGCGCUUUAAAUCUAUGUCUGUACAACAGUCUGUACUACAGUUAGCCUUCCCCAAACUGUUGCCACAAUGUUGGAAGCGCAGAAUCGUCGAGAAUGUCAUUGUAUGCUGUAGCGUUAAGAUUUCCCUUCACUAAAACUAAGGGGCCUAGCCUGAACAAUGAAAAAAAUCCCCAGACCAUUAUUCCUCCUCCACCAAACUUUACAGUUGACCCUAUGCAUUCGGGCAGGUAGCGUUCUCCUGGCAUCCGCCAAACCUAAAUCCGUCCGUCGGACUGCCACAUGGAGAAGAGUGAUUCAUCACUCCGAAAAACGCAUUUCCACUGCUCCAGAGUCCAAUGGCGGCAAGCUUUACACCACUCCAGCCGACGCCUGGGAUUGCACAUGGUGAUUUUAGGCUUGUGUGCGGAUACUCGACCAUGGAAACCCAUUUCAUGCAACUCCCAAUGUGCAGUUCUUGUGCUGACAUUGCUUCCAGAGGCAGUUUGGAACUCGGUAGUGAGUGUUGCAACUGAAGACAGAUGAUGUUUACACGCUACACGCUUCAGCACUCGGCGGUCCUGUUCUGUGAGCUUCGCGGCUGAGCCGUUGUUGCUCCUAGACGUUUCCACUUCACAAUAAAGGCACUUACAGUUAACCGGGGCAGCUCUAGCAGGGCAGACAUUUGACGAACUGACUUGUUGGAAAGGUCGCAUCAUUUGACGGUACCAUGUUGAAUGCCACUGAGCUCUUCAGUAAGGCCAUUCUACUGCCAAUGUUAGGCUAUGGAGAUUGCAUGGAUAUGUGCUGAAUUUUAUACACCUGUCAGCAACGGGUGUGGCUGAGAUAGCCGAAUCCACUAAUUUGAAGGUGUGUCCACAUACCUUUGUACAUAGUGCAUUCGGAAAGAAUUCAGACCCAUUCACUUUUUCCAGAUUUUGUUACGUUACAGCCUUAUUCUAAAAUGGAUUGAAUUAUUUUUUUCCUCAUCAAUCUACACACAAUACCCCAUAAUGACAAAGCGAAAACAGGUUUUAGAAAUCUUUGCACAUAAAAAAAAACAGAAAUACCUUAUUUACAUUAGUAUCCAGACCUUUGCUAUGAGUCUCGAAUUUGAGCUCAGGUGCAUCGUGUUUCCAUUGAUCAUCUUUGAGAUGUUUCUACAACUUGAUUGGAGUCCACCUGUGGUAAAUUCAAUUGAUUGGACAUGAUUUGGAAAGGCACACACCUGUCAAUAUAAGGUCCCACAGUUGACAGUGCAUGUCAGAGCAAAAACCAAGCGAUGAGGUUGAAGGAAUUGUCCGUAGAUCUCUGAGACAGGAUUGUGUCGAGGCACAGAACUGGGGAAGGGUACCAAAACAUUUCUGCAGCAUUGAAGGUCCCCAAGAACACAGUGGCUUCCAUCUUUCUUAAAUGGAAGAAGUUUGGAACCACCAAGACUCUUAGUAGAGCUGGCCACCCAACCAAACUGAGCAAUCGGGGGAGAAGGGUCUUGGUCAGGGAGGUGACCAAGAACCAGAUGGUCACUCUGACAGAGCUCCAGAGUUCUUCUGUGGAGACGGGAGAACCUUCCAGAAGGACAACCAUCUCGGCAGCACUCCACCAAUCAGGCCUUCAUGGUAGAGUGGCCAGAUGGAAGCCACUCCUCUGUAAAAGGCACAUCACAGCCUGCUUGGAGUUUGCCGAAAUGCACCUAAAGGACUCUCAGACCAUGAGAAACAAGAUUCUCUGGUCUGAUGAAACCAAGAUUGAACUAUUUUGCCUGAAUGCCAAGCGUCACAUCUGGAGGAAACCUGGCACUAUCCCUACGGCUAAGCAUGGUGGAGGCAGCAUCAUGCUGUGGGGAUGUUUUUCAGCAGCAGGGAGACUAGUCAGGUUUGAAGGAACGGCGCAAAGUACAGAGAGAUACUUGAUGAAAACCUGCUCCAGAGUGCUCAGAACCUCAGACUGGGGAGAAGGUUCACCUUCACCUUCCAGCAGGACAACGACCCUAAGCACAUAGCCAAGACAACGCAGGAGUGGCUUCGGAACAAGUCUCUUAAUGUCCUUGAGUGGCCCAGCCAGAGCCCGGACUUGUACCCUAUCGAACAUCUCUGGAGAGACCUGAAAAAAGUUGUGCAGCGACGCUCCCCAUCCAACCUGACAGAGAUUGAGAGGAUCUGCAGAGAAGAAUGGGAGAAACUCCCCAAAUACAGGUGUAUCUGGCUUGUAGCGUCAUACCCAAUAAUACUCUAGGCUGUAAUCACUGCUAAAGGUGCUUCAACAAACUACUGAGUACAGGGUCUAAAUACUUAUGUAAAUGUGAUAUUUAUGUUCUUAAUUUUUGCAAAGAAUUGAUUGAAAUGGGGAAAAAAAACAUUUAAAUCCAUUUAAGAAUAAGGUUGUAACGUAACAAAAUGUGGAAAAAAGUCAAGGGGUCUGAAUAAUAAUGAAUAAGAAGACACAGUGGCAGAGUAAAUUCAACCACACAUUUACAUUACAAAACCAGACAGCAAGCUCGUUCUGGUGAAGUCCGCAAAAUAUUUUGCAUUUAACAUACAGUUACAUGACCUACAGCAUGGUCAGCAAUGUUUCCGACAUUUCCGGACUACUAAACAAGUAUUGAUUUAGAACCACGGAGAGUUACCGCAAGUCGCAAAGAAAACAGGAGCUGCCUCCACUAUUCCAUCACCAUUUCAACUGCAACAUUACAACAUUAUCUAAUCCAGGGUUUCUCAAACUCGGUCCCGUCGGCUACCUGGCUAAAACGCUUGCACGCUAGCCUAACUUCCUUUCAUGGGCAACGAUGUGUCGGACCAGCUAGUUAACAUCAGCACACUACAUCUAGCUACAUGUUGAACUUCCAUCCUCUUAAGCCAGGGGCACAAUGUAUUAAUUUAUGCUUGGAUCAGAAUCCCAGUUAUAAUCAUUGGCCAGUACGGAGAAUUAAGUAAAACUACAAGUCCAAAUACUUAUUUUCCACCAUAAUUUGCAAAUAAAUUCAUUAAAAAUCCUACAAUGUGCAUUUCUGGAUUUAUUUUUCUCAAUUUGUCUGUCAUAGUUGACGUGUACCUAUGAUGAAAAUUACAGGCCUCUCUCAUCUUUUUAAGUGGGAGAACUUGCACAAUUGGUGGCUGACUAAAUACUUUUUUCCCCCACUGUACAUGUUCUAACCUCUCUGGAUUACAACCAAAUAAUGAUAAAUGUACUAUAUUACGUGUUGGAUCACAAAAAAAUACAAUUUGUACAUUACCAUGUAGUUUACCAAUACAAUGGUCUGAUGGUGAUGUGGAUAUACUCGGAAUAUAUAUCCCAAAUGAAAUAAAUGCUCUCACUCUAAUACAUUUUAAUAGAAAGUUAGCAAAAAUAGAUAAGAUCUUGCUAACUUGGAAAGGUAAACACCUGUCUAUUGUUUUAAAAAUCCCCCUGAUGAACUCUUUAAUAUUAUCCCAGUUUACCUAUUUGCUUAUGGUCUUGCCUACGCCUAGCGAACAGUUUCUUAAAUUACAUGAGAAAAAAAUAUUCCAUUUUAUUUGGAACGGCAAGCCAGACAAAAUUAAACGGGCCUAUUUAUAUAAUGAAUAUGAAUUCGGAGGACAGAAAUGAUUAAAUAUUAAAGCAUUAGACCUAUCACUAAAACCUUCAGUGAUACAAAAGUUACAGUAUACUUAAAUCCGAACUGGUUCUCUAGCAAAUUAGUAAGAUUGUCUCACCCCAUGUUCAAGAAUGGCCUUUUUCCCUUUAUUCAGAUUACAACCUCUCACUUUCAGUUAUUUGAAAUAUCAUUAUUUCUAAAACAAGCCAUAGAAAGUUGGUUGCAAUUUCAAUUUAAUCCUCCAGAAACGACAGAACAAAUAAUGCAAUAAAUAUUGUGGUUAAACUCAAAUAUACUAAUUGAUUAAAAAAAAACAUUAUUUUUUGAAAUUGUUUUCAAAAAAUGUAUAAUCUUUGUAAAUGAUAUCAUAGGUAGGACUGGUGGAGUUAUGCAGCUAACAAAAACGUAUGGAAAUGCCUGCUCUCUGCUCUACCCAAAAUUACAAACAAAUAAUUGCAGUAUUACUGCAAAAAUGGAAGAGGAAAGUGGAAGGGGGACUUGUCUGUCGGCCCUGCAUUAAAUAAUAUAAUUUGUUAAAGAAAAUUGUGAUAAAUAAAAAAGUAUACCAGUUUCAUUUAAGGACCAAAUGAUUGACAGCCGUCCCAUAUACAGUGGGGAAAAAAAGUAUUUAGUCAGCCACCAAUUGUGCAAGUUCUCCCACUUAAAAAGAUGAGAGAGGCCUGUCAUUUUCAUCAUAGGUACACGUCAACUAUGACAGACAAAUGGAGAAAUUUUUUUCUGAAAAUCACAUUGUAGGAUUUUUUAUGAACUUAUUUGCAAAUUAUGGUGGAAAAUAAGUAUUUGGUCAAUAACAAAAGUUUGUCAAUACUUUGUUAUAUACCCUUUGUUGCCAAUGACACAGGUCAAACGUUUUUAUGAUGAAAAUUACAGGCCUCUCUCAUCUUUUAAGUGGGAGAACUUGCACAAUUGGUGGCUGACUAAAUACUUUUUUCUCCACUGUAUAUUAGUGAGAGAGUAAAAAACAUAUGGGGGAUUGGAAGUGAUGUAGACAAUUACAUUGAUGGAAGUUACAAUCUAUCUGCAAUAUUAAAGCUGAUCUACCCCCCCCCCCCCAAAAAAAAAAAAAAUAUAUAUAUAUUUAAAAAAGAAGAAGAAAAAAUAAUUAAUUGUGAAAAUACUUUUGCAAUACAUUUGCAAUAUUCACAGAGGCAGUGUCUCUGACAGUGUUGACCUAUAAUCUGUUUAUUAUGAAGCAUUCAUCCAUCCCUUGAAAUUUCUCUCUGCAUCAAAUGACAUUAAUAAAUAAGAUGUACAAUGUUAUGUCCCUGAACCCCAAUGUUUUCAUAUCUCCUCCUUCCAUACUCAGACAUUCCUGCAUUCUCUAUUCUUUUGAAUCAGUCAGCCGGUCAGCCAGCUAGCCAGCCAGCCAGCCAGUCAAUAAGCUUUCUACUUCCUGCCAGUCAAGGCAGCCGGAUAGAGUAAAGUGCCACACGAUAUCAGACAGACAGGAGAGAUGAGAGAUGAAAGCUUCCUGCACCUGACUGUAACCAGGUCACUUUUUGUGCUCCCAAGGUUUCCAUUCGGUCUGAAAUAACACUGGAAGAUCAAAUGCUCUCAUCUCAUUCAAUCUGAGAAUUACACAAACAUUUUUUACAAUUGUAUGAGGAUGGUGUCCAUCUGACAAAAAUAGAAAAGGGGAAAGUGUGAUGAAAAGCUUUAAAUAAAUAUAAAAAUCCAUUUUAUAUGACAUGAUCAACCAAAACACAGGGCCCUAGGUAUGAGAACAAUUACACGCAAGUCUUUAGAACUGUUAUUAAAACCCCUAUAGUCUAUUGACACACUGGUGCGUCAAUCUAAGUAACAGAACAAAAGUAACAAAAAUGUUGCCCUUCCGCAUCUGCGGUGGAAAGUGGCACUGUUUGUCAGACCAGGAGACAUCCCGAAAAUCGGUAGAAAGGGGAGACUCUCACUAACACGAUGGUGUUCUCAGUUUUGCUCUACGACCCCCACAAGCCCCACGGGACUCGUCUGAAGUUGGUAAUGCUGAUGUGCCAACUUUUGUCUGUAGCGUCCGAACCAUUUGGGCUACAAAGUAAUGUGACCGCUUACCCCCACAAGUGUCACGGGACUCGUUUAAAGGUAACCCAUACAAGUGAAUGGAAGUAUGGAGGUAGUUUUAUGCCAACAAAAAAUAAGGGGUUAAAUAUGUGUAAAAAAUAUAUAUAUAAAUAAUAAUAUUUCCUGAGCUUUCUUAUAUCUCCUAAAUAUAAGACAGACACUUCAAAAUCUUAUUCCUUAUGAUUUACUUUUAGACUUUUUUUUUGCCAUUUGUGAAUGUGUUAUUCAGUGCUAUAGUAGUAGGCCAGAUUCAAUAUUUCUAUUUUUUUUACAUUUCUUUUGAUACCUAAAGCUGUCCUAAAAUUCUAAAUCAAAUAGCUAAAUGAUCCAUGCUAUGACCUUUUUAAAACAAUUCCAUAUGUCAGCUUAGAAAUCCCAGAAUGCAAAUCCCAGAAUGCAUUAGAUCAAACACUGCAGAAUGGAAGAGAACAAUCUAACAUUUCAUGACCAAGAAAAAUACUGUAAAAAGAGGCUUUCAUGUUUUACGUCUCAGUUGAAUUGUUUUGAAUUGCUUUGAAUUAUACUGAACAAAAAUAUAAAUGCAACAUGCAUCAAUUUCAAAGAUUUAACUGAGUUACAGUUCAUGUGAGGAAAUCAGUCAAUUGAAAUAAAUUCAGUAGGCCCUAAUCUAUGGAUUUCACAUGACUGGGAAUACAGAUAUGCAUCUGUUGGUCACAGAUACCUUAAAAAGAAUGGGCCUCACAAUGUGCCUCAGUAUCUCGUCACGGUAUUUCUGUGCAUUCAAAAUUUGAGAGAAAUACGCUUUUUGUGUGUAUGGAACAUUUCUGGGAUCUUUUAUUUCAGCUCAUGAAACAUGGGACCAACAUCUUACAUGUGGAAAUUCUACUUCCUUCAAUUCAAAUUCAGUUCAAAUUCUGCUCCCAGUGGGACAUACGCUUCACAACUACCCAACAACUAAUUCAGUGCACUCAACACAGAUACAGAAGCUAUAACACAGGCACCACAACUCUAUGAGUACUUAGCACCAUUCCAUGACAGACAACCUUAAAGCUGUGAAAGUCUCUCAUUGCACAGGGCUGGAUAGUUCAGAGGGGUUCUACCUGGAAAAACAACAUGACACAUCAAAUGAGAACAUCCAGAUCUGGUCCUGUCUAUGUGUUAUUCUCGUACACCAGGGAAAGGCAGUUUGUUUUGUCUCAGCACAUUCAUUUUUAAUUGACAGAAUGUUCAUCACAAGGCCAGCGUGUGUUUGUUUGUCAGUUUUUGUGAGUUGAAUACUUCGCCAGUGAGAUACAGUGCAAAGUUAACCUUUAUGCCACAACAUGCAUGAUAAUUGUGCAGAGACUCUGUGCUGUCCUCAGAGGAUGGUAAGCUAGCUGUGAUCCACGAGCCCACUCCAUAACACUCCCACUGAAUCACCGCUCCCACUGCUCUUAAUGAUAGAAAUGCUUCUCUGUUUACCAGGAAGCUGUGGGAGUGGGAGGCUGGCUGCCUGGCUGGGGGAACCAACCAGGUUCAUCAAAUGUACUUUUAG